AUGACUAGCCAACGAAGAGGUGUUCUUAUUGUUUUUGAAGGUGGGUGAUUAUUUUUACAGAAUAUUUCAGAAACUCCAAUUUUCAGGUCUUGAUAGAUCUGGAAAAUCGACUCAAGCUAAAAGAUUGGCUGAUUUUCUGAACAGUCAAAAUGAAGGAUCUGCAGUUCUUCAAGCUUUUCCAGGUUUGUUAAAAAUAACAUAAUUAUGGGUUAAUUAAUUAAGUAUUCAAUUUUAGAACGUUCUGAACCAUUUGGUCAAGUAAUCGAUCGAUAUUUGAGACGAGAAAUUGAUUUGAGUGAAAGAGCAUUGCAUUUAGCAUUUUCGGCUAAUCGAUGGGAAAAGGUUUGAACUUUGAAAGUUCCCAAAAAUCAGGAAAAAUAAAAUAAGUAGGGAUUUUUCUUGAAGUUUCCAUCAUAAAUUCUAAUAAUACCUGGACACGGAUCGAGCUAGAAAAUAUAUUUAAAAUGAAGAUUUUAAUUCGAAAAAUGAAGAAUGCAAAUUUCAGCGUUAGUUCACGUUUUUAGAGAAUUGUUUUGUUUCAUUUUCAAUUUUUAUCGAAUUUAUUCCAAUAACAUUUUUUGGAGAGAAAAAUCAGAUUUCUGUCGAAAAUGUGUUUUUUGCGAUUGAUCUAGAUUCCAAGUUAGGCUGUGAAAAAUGUAAAUCUGCUUUUUCGAACCAGAACUCUUCAGUUUUGUACAAAAUUUAAAAUUUCGAGUUUUCCUGAGAUUUGAAAUGAAAAAUUUUCAACGUUUUCCCUGAAAGUUCCAAAAUCCUCAAGUCCUUUUCAUCCGAAAAUUCCAGGAACAAAUGAUCCGCGACAAAAUCGAACAAGGAAUCGAUGUUAUCUGCGAUAGAUAUUGUUAUAGUGGAGUUGCUUAUUCGCUUGCUAAAGGUGAGUGAAAAACUGGAUUUUUUUCGAAAUGAAAGCGAGAGAAAGAGAAAACACGUUUCAACCGGAGAAACACGUCAUUUUAAGUUCUUUGAACAUGAUUCUGAAAGUAGAUAAGAUUCUUUGAAAUCUGAUGAGAAUUCUUCUAACUAAAAGCCACGUCAUAGGAACUAUUCAAAUAAUUUUCUUAUGAAAUCAAUUGAUCCCUAAUUUCUUAAAUCUUUUCUCUCAAAACCACAAGAAGCCACAGAAUAAAAUUAAACCAUAAUUAUUGUCGUCUUUUUCAUUCAUUCAUUCAUAUUUAGACCAUUUCCGGGAUAAAGGUCAGAAAUACACAGUGUGUUUUUUGCCGGUUGAAAACAACAGGUGCACGACAAGCUAAUAAGGAAUUGUAAUUCUCUACCUAAACAUGCCAUUAAAUGUCAUCUGUGAAGAUUUGUGCAUUCAAAACAGAAGUAGGCAGGCGGAAAGGUGAAACCUGGAAUUGAAAAAUGUUUUGGAUUUUUAAGCUGUAGUUUUGGGAACUCUAAAAUUGAGCAUUUCAGCAAGAGCUAUCAGGAAAUAUCCCGGAAUACUUCUAAUUCCAACUUCUGAAAAAACCAAGAUCCCCAGAUUUUUCCCUAUAAGUUGUUAGCUGAAAAGAGACAUUUUUUAAGUGUGUAGUUAUGUUUGGGGGAAAACGAAGAGAUGGCAUAAUAAUGAUGGGCAGGAAGUAGUUAUGUAUGGAGCACAAUAGAGAAAAAGAAGAGAUGCUUGUGCUUCGCUUGGCUUGAGUGAUGACUACAUACAUCCGGAUAAAUACUUUUUCUUUUUGGCUCUUCUUUUUUUGGUCUUACCUUUUUUUUUGGCAGAAGUUUGAAUCGGAAUUGGAGGUAUCGGACCUGAUUUUGGGAUGUUUGAAUCGGACCAAGAUCUCAUUUUUUGUCAGAAUCGGACCAAAGACAUCGGAUUCUCUAUAAAACUUUGCAGAACUCGUUCUAGGAGAUGAUACAAUUUUGAAAAAAUAUUCCACUUGUCAAAAAUAAUCUGGGGAUUCCAUCAUGAAGAUUUGAAUUUAUUUCGAAAAAGGUUUUCUGAAAAUUUUCGACACUCAACCAUUUUUCGAUCGUUUGAUUUCAUCCCUGAUCAACUUGGACCCAUUCUAAAACUUCCCCCAUUUUUGAGAUAGCUGAAAAGUUCAGUGGUUUUUUUGUGACAACCAAAAAAAGGACAUUUAUUUUAUGGGAGGUCUUGAUUGGUUAGUGGAACACAGGAAGGAAGUUGUUUGAGUUGAAACAAAUUGACUUUACUUUCUUAGUUACUGUAUUUUUUUCUGAAAUUAGGAACUUUAUUUUUAACAAUCAGAAUGAAAUGAUUUAUUGGAGCGAACUAAACAAUCACUAGAUAUUUUCCCAAUUUAACAGAAACCGCAAGUUCUUGGACAUUGAGUUCUCAUAACACUGUACCAGAUUGAUUGUGUACAGUAUGAUCUUCUGUUUGGGCAAUCGCUGAUUCCGGUUGAUGGAUUUGUCAAAUCACGACAAGUUGUUGAAGAUCUUGUAGUUGUUGAAGUUGUUGAACAGAAUCCACAAGUUUUUGGGCAUUGAACACGCAUAACAUUGUACCAAACUGCUUGAGUACAGUAUGCUCUUCUGUAUGGACAGUCACUAAUUCCAGUUGAUGGAUUUGUCAAAUCAACACAAGCUGACGAGACUGAAGCAACGAAAAAAGCUAAGCAAAUGAUGAAUGUAUUCGACAUUUUGUGAAUUUGCCAUGUUUCAUUUCGAUAACACCUUUUAUAUUGUCCGAAGUUCAACAGUUGUUCAAAUAAUUGUAGGCAACUUACAAUUUAUUCAGGAUACAUGCGGCGAACGAACUUUCGGAUUGACUGUUUGAACUCGAUGUCAAAAAUCCAAAAUCCCUAAAUAGUUUAUUAUUGACUCAUAGAAAAUACACAGUAAUUGGAUUGUUAUCAUUUGGCGCACUGUCUUUGCUGAUUUGUUUGUCUAACCAAUAAGCGAAUUUGAAUAACAAAAGGCGUCGAUUGUUUCUAACAGCUUACCGAGUUGAAGAGCAGAUUAGGAGGAGCGGAAUUUCUUUUAAGAAAUUUUUUGGAGUGAAUUAAUUGAACUGUGCCGUUGUUGUCAAAUAUUAGAUAGCGGUCUGAUUUUGAGUUCAAAAGAAGAUAAUUUCGCUGUGAAAACACACUUGGGCUUCAAGCUUUUAAAUCUAAAAUAAUAUUCUACGAGCGUAAUUUUGAUCCCUUUCUCAUUUUCCAAUAAAUGAAAUCUCAAUUCCCGUUGAUUUUCCACCGAAUAUGAGCCCAAUUCCGAGAGUUGUAAAUGUAACAUAUGACUUUUUGAUCCUAUCCGCCUUUCCUUUCCUCUUUGGCUCUAAUUAAAUGAGUUAUGGAAAAAGGAAACGUUUAUGAGCCGGCUGGUUUGAAGAGCAGGUAGCAACAAUAAUUAUUAUUAUCAUGUUGAUGGGUGUCUGUUUCCUUCUUCCGUUUUUAGCUUCUUAUUCAUCGGUGUUUGUUUGUCUUUGUCUCAAAUUGCUUUCUUCCAUGCUUUUUUCGUUCAUCGAACGAUGAUUUAUGCAAGGUGGUUUUAAUUGCGAAGAUAUUAUUGUUACACAUCCAUUUUUAUAUGAACUCUUGUUUGUUUCGGUUCUCAAGGCGCGGAUCCUUGCCAAAGUGACCCUCUAUGCGAGGUCCUAGUCUAUCAGGUUCUCUAGGCUCAGCUACUUGCUUCUGAAUUGUCAUUCUUCUUCCUCCACCAUCAUUUGUUGGUGUGUGUUGUUUGAAGUGUCAAAACUUGGGGGGUUGCACUUCCGCCCUGUACAAAUAUGGUUUUAGAGACACACACACAUUUUUGUGGAGCGCAAAUAUCGAGUGAAAGAGAUGUGUUUGAUGGCAUGAAUAGAAUAGGAUCGCUGUCAGUCAAGUCACUUUCUCUCUCCUUAAAACGAGCCACACACAAUAAAUAACAAUAGAUUGGUUAUUCCUUAAUUGUGCUCGUGUAAAUAUGAGAGUACGGUAGCGAAAGGAGGAGAAGAAGAAACAUUUUUUUGAAUCAAAACAAACAGUUUGGAAAUGGUGGACUACUGUAGAUUUAGAACACUUGGUAGGAAAUUGUACUUGAUUAGACUAUAAAACAGCGGGAGGACUUCAGAAGGUGUGGAAAGUCUAAAAAUUGUCAAAUUUUUUGUAGCGAGAGUUACGUGGAAAGUGUUUUGCUCCAAAAUUCGGCAGGUUAACUUGAUUUUUGAAAAUUCUAAAAAAGGUUCAGAAUUGUUUAUCCACUUUUUUUUGCAUUUUGAAACUUUGAAAGUCCCUCAUUUUUCACUUUUCUUCCAAACUUUUCUUUACGUAGGCGGAGUUUUUGCCUUAAGGCAAGCAUACUGUAUUUUCAUUGUCAAGUGGCGAUUCGUCCUCUUCUUGACUCCGCACGUUGAUCUUUUCAACAAACAAAAUAUUCAUGUAUACUAUUUUUAUAGGACUUGAUGAGAAUUGGGUUCGACAAUCGGAUAUUGGAUUGCCACGUCCCGAUGUUGUUCUAUUCUUCGAAGUUUCGCCAGAAGUUGCGAGACAAAGAGGAGGAUUUGGAGAAGAGAGAUUGGAAACUGAGACAAUUCAACAGAAGGUGGCGAAGAAAAUGGAGGAAUUGAGAGCGGAUAAUUGGAAAUCUGUUAAUGCUGAUGGAUCUUAUGAUGAUGUUGAACUUGCUGUUCGCAAGAUUUAUUCAGAAAUUGAUAGAACUGCACCACUUACAUCACUUGAAAAAGUUUGA